ACCAUGUCGGUCACAGUUAGGAAGAAGCUACAGACGGCCUUACCGCACCUCAGCAGCGCCGAACUUAGAUGCUUAGGCUUCGACUUGGGUGUCGAUGAAGACGAGUUACCGGGUCGACAACUGGGGUUGAGACUAGGGGAGCGCAUAGGACGGUUGGCCAAUGUGCAAAGACAUGAGCACCGGUUUUCCGACGUCAAGAGCAGUUCAGGGAGUUUGCAGCCUUGGAGGAGAAGUGAAGAUCGUCUGACAGUUCAGACGUACACCAUGGAGUCGGGGGAGUAUCUGUUGGCAAUGGUGAUUGAUGGACACGGCGGGAAAGAAUGUGCAUCAUAUGCCCAGAAAACACUUCCUGUACGGAUUCGUCGGGAGUUAGAAGCGAUCGGAACCAUAUCCAAGUGCGAUGAAAUAUCAAGAGCAUUACAGCGCGGCAUUACAGUUUUCGACGAGCAGUUAGCCCAGGCGCUGAAGAAGGCAGUAUCCAAGGUCCCACCUCAAGAAACCUUGUCCACCAUGUUUUCCCAAGAAGAUGUUCUGAAGCGUCUCCUGCGGUGUUUCCGUGGAGCGUGCGUGGCAGUGGUUCUGGUUCGAGUCUCAACUCAGGACCUUUGGGUUGCGAACUUUGGGGAUUGUCUAGUGGUCGAAGGUCAUAAACGCGGAGGGGACCCUUCCGGUGGAUGGCAGGUCCGCCAAUUAACUGAAGAUCACAACACGAGCAAUGGCAACGAAGUGAAGCGCAUAAAGAAUGAACACCCUGGUGAGGAGUGUAUCAUCGAAGAUCGGGUGCUCGGUAAAACACUUCCAACGAGAACUUUGGGUAAUUGGGACCAAAAGUGGCAGAAAGAGGUUGUGGGACCGCUCUAUGCCUUCGUUCCCUUUGUUCGUCCCGAAACACCACCCGCUCGGGAUCGCCUUCUCGCAAACAGUCUCUCUCCUCCGUAUCAGAUUUCCAUCGCAGAUGUCAGGCACGAGAAGCUGCCAGGAGGCAGAGUGGUGUUGAUUGUUGCCAGCGAUGGUCUUCCGGCCAACUAUGCUCGAUUGAAUCCCGAUCAACAUACGGAUGCCGACGAGAGCAGGCAAGACAUGAUCGAAAGCUGGGUACGCUCUGUCAACAGAGAACCCCUAGAAGGACUAGAAGAUGCAGAAGUGACAGCCGCUGAGCGAAUAAUACGCGAUACACUGGGUGGCAGGGAUGAGAGAAAGGUACUGGUGAACGUAACUGACCGACUGCGCCUAUUACGGGACGACUUGACCGUCAUAGCAAUCGAACUGGCUUUCCCCGAGCCUUCUGUCUAAAUCAUCAAACAGUAUCCCCGGUCUCUGCACGGGGAUUGCUACACACAUACCCAAUUUUUUGGCCAGCAACGAAACGAUCUGUGACCGCGUCUCAUUCACUC